AUGACGACAGGCGACUGCUGCCACCUACCUGGCUCAUUGUGUGACUGUCCAGGAAGUGCUGCUUUGUCUAAGUCAGUGGAGGACUCCGACAUCGGGCAACCACAGUAUGUCACCCAAGUGACUGCAAAAGAUGGCCGGCUGCUCUCAACAGUGAUCAAAGCACUGGGAGCACAAAGUGAUGGUCCCAUCUGUCGAAUCUGCCAUGAAGGUGGAAAUGGGGAGGGGCUGCUUUCUCCCUGCGACUGCACAGGAACACUGGGGACCGUGCACAAGAGCUGCCUGGAAAAAUGGCUCUCCUCCUCCAACACUAGUUACUGUGAGCUCUGCCACACUGAGUUUGUCGUAGAGAGAAGACCAAGGCCCCUCACAGAGUGGCUGAAGGAUCCUGGCCCUCGUAAUGAGAAGAGGACCCUCUUCUGUGACAUGGUGUGUUUUCUGUUCAUUACUCCCCUGGCGGCAAUCUCGGGCUGGCUGUGUCUCCGUGGUGCCCAGGAUCACUUGCAAUUCAACAGCCGGCUGGAAGCCAUCGGACUGAUAGCACUUACUAUUGCACUUUUUACUAUCUACGUCCUUUGGACACUGGUUUCAUUCCGUUAUCAUUGCCAGCUGUAUUCAGAGUGGAGAAGGACCAAUCAGAAAGUCCGCUUAAUGAUUCCGGACUCCAAGAGCCCUCAUCCUGUCCAGCAUUCCCUGCUCUCCACCAAGCUCAUGAAGAAGAAUGCAGAUGAAACAACUGUGUGA